AUGUUGAAAAUAUUUUCUCUGCACAUUUCAGCUUAUAAUUUAUAUUGAUAAACUUAUUUUAUUUCUGGCAGCCUGGUCACAGAGGGUCAGUCCUCGUUGCGUGUGAGCUACCAUUACAGUGCACAAAUUGAUUUUUUAUUACUUUCAAUAUCUGUUUCAAGUCAAACGCUUCAACGUUUUACACCUAAGUUAUUUUAACAAUUUCAAUUAAAUAGAUAGGUGCGUGGUGAUUUUUUCCUUUUGCUUCCUUUGAAAACUGAAUAAAUUCACAAAAAACAUGAAUUAAAAGAAUUCAUCCAAGAUCUCUGAAGAUGCCUGUUGAUAUUCUCGCCUACGGCUAUGCCGCCACGGUGGCUGCAGGCGGUAUCAUGGGGUACGCCAAGGCAGGCUCGAUUAUGUCCCUGGGCGCCGGUCUGCUGUUCGGCGGCGCCCUCGGGUACGGCGCCCACCAGGUGUCCCAGGACCCGCAGCAGUACCAGGUACAGCUCGGUACCAGCGCAGUGCUCAGCGGACUCAUGGGCUACCGCUUCGUCAGCGGCGGCAAGUUCAUGCCGGCAGGACUCAUCGCCAGCAUCAGUCUCGUGUUCCUGGCUCGCUACGGGGUCCGUGCCAUGCAGAGCACUAAACAACAGUGAACGGAUGACUGAGAAGCGACUGAGCCGGUGUCCUGAGGUAUGACCGGGUCAGUGAUCUGAGGGAGAAGGGUGUGAUCGGACCGGUGUCUUGCGGUAUGACCGUUCAUUGACCUGGGGUGUGACCCGUCCACCAAACAAGAGUCAUUUGGGUUAUGUGGUUGACCAAGAACGAGCGAUCAUACCUAGAGUAAGAUGUUGGUCGCGGCUUAUGCCAGCUAUCGUUUUGUGUGGGGGAUUUUCAACUGUAGUAUUAGUAUGGGCUGGAGUUUGGAUUCGAUAAAGAGAUGGACCAGUUGAGUGAUUUUGUUUCAUUGCGGAUUUCUCAUGGUUUCUGAGUAAGGCAUGCUUCGAACGCUAUGAUAUUGUCUUUCUGUGGUGGGUGGUGUGUUCCCUGAGGGCUGUCCCGAGCGCGAUUUGUGAGACUUUGAUACAGGAAACGCACGUCUAGUUGCUGACAUUGUCGAAGAACGAUGUACUUUGAUAAAUGCAAUAUAUGUAGUAACAUUACCA